AGAAUGUGAGAAAUGUGUUUCGAUAGUCAUUCUAUGUCAGGGGAGAUAAUCUGUUAUUUCGAAAUCAUAUUUGAAUAUUGCAACAAUUGUUUAAAGAAUUGGCUCACCGGCUUGUGUUAUCCUUUUAUAAAUUAUCUUUUAAAAUGUUAAUAUCAGAAUGAGAUUCCUCAAACAAAUGAAUGUUACAUUAUUAAUCUGUGUGCUGCUAAUAAUUCCUACUUUAGUCAAUUCCAAACUUAUUUUCAAUGAAUUUAAAUUAUGGGGUGAAGCAUCCUCACAAUUUAUUGAAAUAUACAAUACAGACAAUACCACAGAUGUUCCAUUUUCAUCUAAUUAUUCAGUGUUUCUGUUAGAUGAACCUGUAAAUACUACUUCAGAAUUAAAAGUGAUUCAUGUAAUUGAUGUGUCUGAAUAUGAUGUUGUCAAUGCUAGUGGGUAUAUAGCAAUCGACACAACAAACGUCUCACUAUUGAUAAAUGAAAACAAUACAUAUGCUAUUGUGUUACAUGAAUUGAUAAAUGGCAGUGAUUUUGAAAUAGGUCAGAUAGUUCAUGCAGACGAAAUAGAAGAUUCUGUUGUGUUUACUCAAAAUGAACAUAAACGGAUAUCUCUGCUAUCUUUAACAAUGUCAAUUUUGAAUGAUCAUCAAGUAUUUGAUAUAAUGGAGGAUGAGUCUUUAAAUGUUUGUAUUGAGGAUCCAACAAUUAAAGUUCAUGUGAUGGAAUUUAAGGAACCGUCAAGAGGUCAACCAAAUCUCUGCGAAGAACCAG